AUGGGGCUGCUGAGUAUUAUUAGGAAACAGAAACUCAAAGACAGAGAGAUCCGGUGCCUGAUUUUAGGGCUUGACAACUCGGGAAAGUCAACGAUAGUAAACAAAUUGUUGCCCGAGGAUGAGCAGAAAGUCAAUGGCAUAAUGCCCACUGUGGGGUUCCAAAUACAUAGCCUGGUGACACGGGACGUAAUGGUAUCGUUAUGGGACAUUGGCGGACAGAGGACGUUAAGGCAGUUUUGGGAUAACUACUUUGACAAGACACAAGUGAUGAUAUGGUGUAUAGAUGUGAGUCUUUUGAUGCGCUUUGGUGAAACCAUCCGAGAGUUAAGGGAACUGAUCAAUAGAGACGAAAACCGGAUAGGAUACCAGUGCGCAGUUAUCAUUGCGUUGAACAAGACCGAUCUGGUUGAGGAUAAAUCCGAACUGUGUCGAAGACAGAAGUUGGUGGAGCUUGAACUGAAGAGUCUGUUCAAGCCUGACAUCCGAAUAGCCGUCGUUCAAUGCAGCGGCAUCACCGGAGAAGGGAUCGAAGACUUGCGUGACCGGCUGGUGGAGUCCUGCCAUUUUCCUCAAUAA